CCAAAUAUUUUGGGGAAGAAGGGUAUUUGGAUUAAAAUUCCUAUUGAACUUGCAAAUCUUGUUGAAGCUGCUGUUAAGGAGGGCUUUUGGUACCACCAUGCUGAGCCGAAAUACUUAAUGCUGGUUCAUUGGAUACCUGAAACUCGUAAUACUCUUCCUGCAAAUGUUACGCACCAAGUAGGUAUUGGUGCUUUCGUGAUGAAUGACAAAAGAGAGGUGUUGGUAGUCCAAGAAAAGAUUGGCAAGUUACAUGGCAUAGGUCUAUGGAAGUUCCCAAGUGGAGUGAUUAAUGAAGGUGAGGAUAUUUUUGCGGGUGCAGUAAGGGAAGUCAAAGAAGAGACUGGAAUUGACACAGAAUUUGUGGAAGUGUUAGCAUUCAGCGAAAGCCAAAAAUCAUUUUUUGAGAAGUCAGAUUUAUUCUUCUUUUGUAUGUUGCGUCCCCGCUCCUUUGAAAUUCAGAUGCAAGAGUUGGAAAUUGAAGCAGCCCAGUGGAUGCCAAUUGAGGAAUAUGCCGCCCAACCUUUCAUCCAAGAACCUGGACUUCUCAAGUAUGGAGUUAACAUCUGCUUCGCAAAGAUAGUUAAAGGGUAUGGUGGAUUUUCUGGGGUGCCCACAAGAUCAAUCUUUUCUAAUAAACCAAGCUACUUGUACUUGAACGGCAGUUAUCUGAACCAGUCUCUGCAUUCUGGAAAAGAUUCCUAAAACAUAUUGUACAAUGUCAAAUUCUUUUUUCAUUCUUUCAUUGAUUUAUUAUUUGAUUUCUUGUGUAAAUUGGUCUUUGCCCCUAGUGGAAAAUGAGCUAUUCUUUCAUUUCU